AUGUACAUUGUAGCAAUUGGCAAUAACCAAGAUGAACCCGAAAUUCAACCUGCCAUACAAAAUACAACUAUUUACUGCUAUAGCCUAAUUCUAUGUACAAAAGUUAUCUGCACGGUGCCAGCAUGCUUAGGGAACAUUACAUCUCUAAGAUACAUUUAUCUAAGUUCCAACAAAUUUAACUCUGCUCUACCUUCAAGCUUAGGGAGCCUCGGUGAUCUCUUGCAUCUUGAUUUGUCUUCAAACUAUUUGAGUGGCUCUCUUCCCUCAGAAAUCGGAAGUUUAAAGGCUGCAACACUGUUAAAUGUUUCUAUGAAUCAAAUUUCAGGGAUCAUCCCUAGUACAAUUGGAGGGACAAUUCCAAUGGAGAUUGGGAAUCCGAACAAAUUGAAGAUACUGGCCAUCACCAACAAUCAGCUUUUCGGUUCUUUGCCGUUGGGGAUGUUCAACUUGACGGCGCUUCAAGAACUAUAUCUUCAAAACAACAAUCUAAAUGGAAUUGUUGGUGAGAAUGGAGUAAAAGGUGCAUUAAAAGUCGAAUUCCCAGAAGACUAUAUUCUGUUACGCGUGACCACGUCUUAUUCUACUGUGAAAUCCAGAGUUCGUGCGACGCAAGAUGAAUAUGUAGUUUAA